ACUGAGCCAGAAGCGUCAAAACCGGUGCACCUGGAACCAGCCACCUUGCCACUCGGAGAACAAGUAGAGGUUAUCGUCAGCCACGCCACAAACCCACUAGAACUCUUCCUCCAGCAAACUUCCUCGCAAACCGCUUUAGAACACCUCCAAGCCGAGCUCCAGAAACGCUGUGGCACCGGCGACGCCGACCAAGAUCUCAACGAGGGCGCAGUCUGCGCUGCGCUGUUUCCAGAAGACAACCAGUGGUACCGUGCACGCGUGACUGCUUGUCACAGUGCCCAGUGCACGGUGUACUUUACGGUGUACUUUGUAGACUACGGUAACAGCGCCACUGUGACGGCGUCAAACACCCGUCCACUCCCCGCGGGGUGUACGCUUCUGGCGGAGCAGGCAGUUCGGUGCGGGCUGCACGGUCUCAAGCCUCCGGCCAGUGGAGGUGGCACCUGGAGUGACGGUGCAAUUUUGGAGCUUGCAACGAUGCUUACGGGUCGUCUGCUGGCCAAGGCAGUUGAGCUCAGUGACGGCGUUCACAAGGUGGAGCUUCGCAGAAAUGGUGGACAAGAUUUUGCGGGGAUCCUGGUGUCCAAAGGCUUGGCAGAGAGCACCAUUUCUCCGGCGGUAGCUCCGCGCACCAGGGGACUGGAUCCCGUGCGGCUACAAGCCGUACUGAAUCCGCAGGCUAAGUCGAAGCAGCAGCCGCAGCCCGAUCCACAGCCGAAGCCACAGUCGAACCGACGGUUUCGCGUUUCUUCGAUCCUAGAACUUGUCAAGCCUGGCGAGGAGUUGACGUUGCAGGUGAUGGUGUCGAGGAACAACGAGGUGUGGGUGUUGGUCAUGCACCCAGAGGGAGCGCUGGAGCUUGCAAGUCUUGAACAGGAGCUGAACGAACAGUGUCCCAAGAUGGCCCGGGGUUCCUCGUACACGUUCGCCAGUGGGGACUACGUGGCAUCCAAGUCGCUAGAAGACGGGCGUUGGUACCGUGCUCACGUGACAAGCACCAACCCAGCGUGCCGCUGGGUCCGGUACAUAGACUACGGAAACGACGAACUCAACACCAGCGUGGUUCCUCUCGACGAGAAACACCUCAAGGUGGCAGCGAUGUCUGCACGUCUCGAAGUCGGAGAUUGUACCGGUCCUUCCUUAGGUUCUUCCCUGACCUUUGUGGUUGAGUCGUCUGCUGGCGGCGGCGUGCUUUGUGGAAAGCUGGUCUGCGAUGACGGUCGAAGGUUGCUCGGAUCCGCAACACUGUCUCCUUGGGACUGCGGACUGGCUGCGGCUGCAGUUGGGACUGCGGCUCGGGUCGGAUCCCCAACUUCGGCUGGAUCCAUGGCUGGCAAGUCGGAAGGAGCCGAUCCGGCGGUCAAGCGUGUGACAAAGACGGAUGCCAAGUUGGCUGUGGAAGUUGCUCCUACGAAAAAACUCGUCGUUGCCUCGUCGGUUUCCCCCCGCUCGGAAGCCAGGGUGCUCUGCUUGCACCAAUGCAAGAUUCCACCGACCAAGCGUCCCAUGAUUCCCACCUGGAAGACGGAGAAGCUGCUCUACCUUCAGCGGUGCGACCUGCAGCGCGACCUGCAGGCCAUGAUGGCGGAGCUCAACUCCUGGGUGCAGAGGACCCCCCACCACACGCCCGACCCACUCUCUGUGGGAGACUAUGUGUGCGCUCUAUACAGCGGCGACAAGACGUGGUACAGGGGACAGGUCCUGAGCGAGCGGUCCGAGGAAGGCGCCUACGCGGUGUCGUUCGUCGACUACGGCAACAGCGAGACGGUGCCGGCAGCGUCCCUGCGACCUCUGCCACCUCGUUUCGCCGAGUGGCCGGUGUUUGCGGUGGCCGUGGUGCCACGAGGGGUGGACCUUGCCCACCCCCGCCUGGAAGAGGUCCUGACCGAAAGGCCCUUUGCCGCCGUAGAGGUUGGGUCUGACGGAGAAGUGCCCCUGGUGCAGCUGGUGCGCAAGGACGGCUCCUGCAUUGGGGACCUCCUCUCUGCGACGGCUGGGGCUAAGGAGCCCUCAAAGACCUCAAAGAAAGCGUUCGAAGAACGUCCACUCCCACCAGGCCGCAGUCCGGCAACUAUCACCCACGUCUCGACUGCCAACGGACGUUUCUACCUCCAGCAGUUGAGCACAGCCUCUUCACUCGCGACUCUCACGAAAGAACUGGACGCCAGCGUUGCGAGAGCACCGGCAAUAUCGCCGUCUGCACUAUCGGUCGGAGACGUCCUUUGUGCGCGGUACGCAGCAGACGGACUCUGGUACCGUGCCACCCUGGUUGGCCUUUCGGACGACUCCAACGCGUCCUUGAAGGUUCAUUUUGUGGACUUUGGGAACACCGAGAAUGUUGUACGGGCGGACGUCAGAGCCCUGCCGGAGAGGUUUCAGAACACAUCUUCGUUUGCGAACUGCGUCCUUCUACACGGCGUGAAGUCGGUGGGGAAAGAGUAUGCGGAAGAGCUGACUGGUGCCAAAGUGUCGGUUGAAGUGGUAGACGGCUCGUGCCACCCACCGAAGGUGUCUUUGUUUGCCAACGGGGUGUGCCUCAACGAGCUGAUCGAGUGAGUGACGAGCAUUGGGUGAAGUUGAAGCGCAACUAUUUUGGUCACCAGGAGUGUUAUUACAAGAGCUAUAUAUUUUCUUACAUUCUAUAAAGCAUUUUGUUCACCUGUUUGAGAGAGUUCAAUAAACGGUGCUCAGCAUUGGUGCACCUAGUAAGUUAUGCCUGUUUAA